GGCACUGCCACCGGCACCGCCACCGGCACCGGGACUGGCACUGGCACCCAUGCACGGCGCAGAGGAGGCGGUGGCGGCGGGGGGGCCGCGGGUGAGCGCGGCGAGCACGCAGACCGACAGCAUGGCCGGUCAAAUGCCAAGACUUUCUAAGGUAAAUCUUUUUACUUUGUUCAGUCUCUGGAUGGAGCUCUUCCCCUCGUCUGAGCAACACAAAAAAUCACAGGUAAAGAAGAGUGGCCUAGUUGUGGUGAAAAACAUGAAGAUUGUCGGUCUUCAUUGUUCCAGUACAGACCUGCAUGCUGGCCAGAUUGCUCUCAUUAAACACGGGUCAAGACUUAAAAACUGUGACCUUUAUUUUUCCAGAAAACCCUGUUCGACUUGUUUAAAAAUGAUUGUAAACGCUGGGGUGAACAGGAUUUCCUACUGGCCUGCAGAUCCUGAGAUCAGCUUGCAGAAUGAGGCCUCCAAUCCCCUGACGACCGACGAUGCAAAGCUAGAUGCCAAAGCAGUAGAAAGACUCAAGUCAAACAGUCGUGCUCGAGUGUGUGUGUUGCUUCAGCCCUUGGUGUGCUAUAUGGUGCAAUUUAUUGAAGAAACUUCCACCAAGCUUGAUUUUAUUCAGAAAAUAGCAAAAUCUCAGCCUGACUCUAGUACUGACUUUUAUACUGCGUGUAGGCAAGAGAGAAUAAAAGAGUACGAAAGUUUAUUCCUAAUUUCAAAUGAGGAGACGCACAAGCAAAUAUUGAUGACGAUGGGACUGGAGAACCUCUGUGAAAACCCAUACUUCAGCAACCUUAGGCAAAAUAUGAAGGAUCUUGUCUUGGUCUUGGCAACGGUGGCUGCCAGCGUCCCUGACUUUGGCUGCUUUGGGUUUUACAACAGUGAAUCACGGCGAGCAAAUGAUACAGACCAUCAGGGUCUGCCCCAAGACGUCGCGAGGCACUGCAUGAUCCAGGCCAGACUGCUCGCCUACCGCACAGAGGAUCAUAAAACAGGAGUUGGAGCUAUUAUUUGGGCAGAAGAAAAAUCAAGAAGCUGUGAUGGAACAGGAGCCAUGUAUUUUGUAGGCUGUGGCUACAAUGCCUUUCCUGUUGGAUCUGAAUACGCUGAUUUUCCACACAUGGACGAUAAACAAAAAGAUCGGGAAAUCAGAAAGUUCAGAUACAUUAUACAUGCGGAGCAGAACGCCUUGACAUUUAGGUGUCGAGAAAUAAAGCCGGAUGAGAGAAGCAUGAUAUUUGUGACGAAAUGCCCAUGUGAUGAAUGUGUCCCGUUAAUCAAAGGGGCUGGUAUCAAGCAGAUCUAUGCGGGAGAUGUUGAUGCUGGAAAAAAGAAAGCAGACAUCUCCUAUAUGAAGUUUGGCGAACUUGAGGGUGUAAGCAAAUUUACAUGGCAACUGAAUCCACUGCACAAUAACGCCCUCGAAUUCCAUGACCCCACAGCCAGGGAAAAUGGAGUCCAGAAAACAAAAUCACUAGAUGACCAGCAGCACCAAAACAAGAAACUGUGUCUUGGUCACUACUGAGUAAUUACGCACUUCUGCAGUCUUGCUUUAUACUUUUUAUAAUGCAGCCUGUUUGCACUUUCAAAUAAGGAAGAGUUUUAUUUAUUGUUUGGAAAGUGAUUUUUAAAUAAGUUUAUUUAUGAUGUCUUAAAUGUUUUACAGAAUUACCUGAAGGUCUUUUUAAUUUAGAAGUUCCUGGGAAAAAAAUGCUGCUUAUAUUUUCUCUGAAAGUAACUGGGUGGAUAAUCAUUGUUAACACAUUAAAAAAAAAAAAUACUGAAAGUUUAUUACCAGAAGAUCACAGUAAUAACAAAGUGGUAUCUUUUUUGCUUGGUGUAUGGAUUGAGGAAAUGGAUUUCUAAGUUCUGGGCUAGCAGAAUGCAGAAAUAAGCCCUAGUUCUUCAAGGACAAUUGUCAAGGGAAUCUUCUAGGGAAUGGUAGAUAAAUAAUCACCAACAAUUCCUGUUUCUGAAGGUGGCUUUUGCUUCUCAAUCUGCCUGUAUAAAGGCGACAAAGCCACAGGGGUGGCAGUCGUUGCUAGGUCAGUGAUUUGAAGAUCAGGCUUGUCUCUCACACAUACUCUCUUCCCAGUCCCACAGCAGCAGAGCCGUUUUGUUUUGUGGUCCUUGCGUUGCUGCUCUGUGUGCUUCCUCGUGGGCGUCCCGUCGGAAUCAAUGUAGACAAAGAUCAGUUUGCUUUUUUCUCAGCUUCUGGAUGCAGGCAGAAACCAAAGUGGCUGAAUGUAUCUCACUGGCCCCGACACACUGUCGUGGCUUAGGCACUACGUGGCGAUUGCUAGGGUUUAGGUUUUGUUCAUCUUCACUAACAGGCUUCUAGGACUACAGAAGCUAAAAAGGUUCCUGGUGUCCUGUUGUUUCUUAGGUAGGAUGGAACCAGUGGAAUAGCCUGAAUCUUUUCAGGUGCCAGUCUCUUGGAUGACGACACGUGGAACGAGGGUGGUGUUAGAAGAGCCGGUGAAACUGUGGUGUUAAUGUUGUAGCUGGUUUGAGGGGGUGGUGGGUAGGUAAUGGGUAAUCAGAACAGAGAGUUGUACCCAGUGUCUUUGGAGAGGUCACUCUCCUUAUUCCCAUCUCUUUGCUGCUUGGAAUAUGACCUCCAGUUGUUUGUUUCAGCAGAUGUUCCAAGACUUUCUGUUCACUCCUCUGCUGAGCUCUCAAGUGCAAACGCCUUAAACCUUUUUCUGCUGCUGCUGGUAGGAUACACAAACAGCCUUUUCCCAGCCCCUUCACACAUCUUGUCUUCGCUGCCCUCCCUAAAGUCCUGGAAGGGGAUUCCUGUCUUAAGAUGCUACUGUAGGUUCUGCGUGUUUCUCUUAGGCUUUGGAAAAGGUUGGAACUAGAUAGCAAACCUGUGAUUGGAUAGUGUGCAAAUCAUCCUUCAGAUGAUCCUUCAGUCAGGUCCUUCUGACUCUCAUCCAGAGUCUCCUUCUCUGGAGACGUUCAAAACCCACCUGGACAUGCUCCUGUGCAACCUCUCUAGGUGGACCUGCUUUGGCAGGGGGCUUGGACUAGGUGGUCUCCAGAGGUCCCUUCCAACCCCAUAUCAUUCUGUGGUCCUUAACGUGGCAUUAAUUAUAUGGAGUCUGUUCUCACACAGUUUGGCUACUGGUCUUGCAACUUAGGGUACAGUUCUUGAUGCUUGGAGCUGCAGCAAGGAGCUGUGAUUCCCCACAGUAUAACUUCAUUCUUGAGUACCAGGUCUUCAGAACGGUGGAACGCUGAUAUCCUCUUACCACCAUGAGAAUCCGCUCUCAGUGGAGCUGGAGAAGCUGCUGUUUUUCUGAGCCUGCUUAGACUUGGAGGCUCCUCUAGGGCUGCUGGUUCAGUGUGGGGUGGGCAGAGUUAGCAGGAGAAAUCUCAUCAGGCAUCUGGCUGACCUCCUGCAGGCACCACCGCUGUCUUGCGAAGCAGGGGGCACCUGGCUUCAUUUCCCAGGACGAGGGAGUGAAUGAAGGAGAAAAAUCUGACACUGUUUGUCAUCUAAGGGAAGGGUGGUGAAACUCGUUUUUGCGUCACGCCACCGAAAGAGUGCUUUUUCACAGUAGCUCAGGAGGAAAUGGCUGAAUUGCCACGUCACCAGGUUUUGUAAUCUAGUGUGGAGGAAUCAGGGUCCUGAAUUUAGGACAAACAGAUCCAGCUGCAAGAGCUCCAUGCCUCACCUGUCCUAUCCAGGGUCCAGGGCCUGGUUCGUGGAUGCCCCACGAACCUCAGAAAGACAGUUUUUUCUUCUCAUCAAAGAUAGUUUCAUUAUGAGUUUAAAGUGAAAUGCUGGUGUUUUCAUAAGCAAGGUUGUCAUCUGUUUUUAAAUCAUAAAUAUUUUACUUUGGCCUGUUUGCUUCACACACACACUUCUUUUAAGCAUCUAGUCUUAGAAUAAAUACUCUUGGCUUUUCCUACAGAUCAGAGGAAGGCUGUCCAGAUUAGAGUAAAAAGUCAACCCCACCCACUGAAACCUUCUUGUUUCCAUAAUCAGUCUUCUGCUUGAGGUAGAAGCAGGAAAAAAAAAAAAAACAAGGGCAAGUUUAAGGCCCUUUCAAGUUUUAUAGUGAUUAGUCAGCUGGUACCAAAAUGAGUAAAGAAGUCAGUGUCUUUAUAGGAACAGCUGAAAUUGAAAAGUCCCUGAAACGUCGUAGGUGGCCUGGGUACAUGGAGAGGUGAAUCAAGAUAGAAGUCACAUACCACACGCAUUAAAUGACUACGCUUCAGUGAAUGCUGCUGGGAGUCUGUACUUCGUGAGGAGUUAAGAUUUUACCUUUACUUCUUAUUGUUUUUUUUUAAAAGAGGAUUUUUGUACAAAACUUUCCAUGAAACUUUGAAUUGCUUGUAGGGCUGACGGCUUCCAAGUCUGGCUUGAUUUCUUCCAAGUCGUGCUGUAUUUCUACAGAUUCCUCCAGAUGCUCCCAAAUCUCUGCAGGCUCCCAUUAUCAGUGUAACUCUACUUCUUUUAGCUCUUGCUGUGAUUACAAAAGUAGGGUCUUUACCCUGGACAACAGGAACAGUGUGGAUGGGGUUUCUCUCUCAACCCAUGGACUCUGUAAGUGCUGCUGUGCAUGUCAUCUGCUCACCAGGGAGAGCCACGGGUGACCGGACUUCUCCUGCAGUGCUUGUUUUGCAAAUGAACUCUAGGAUGUUUAUUUCUUACAUAAAAAAGAACGAUGUAUUUAAAAUUAAGAAAUGUAAAAGCUAUAUAUUUUAUACAUUGUAUGAAAUGUCCUUACGCGUUUUGGGCCUCUGCCGUUCAUUUCAGGGCAGUCAUUUUAAUUGCAGGUAUUACCUGUCAGUAAUGACCUGGCCUCUUGACUGAGAAUGACGAAAAUUCUCUGUUAAUUGUCUGCCUUACAGCAAAACAUGUUUUCUGCUAAUAAACUAACCUGCAGGUUAA